AUGAAUCAAUUGCAAAGCCUUCUUCACGAUUCGUUGAUAGCAACGGGCCACAUACAACACUGUGCUAUCAUUCGGCGAAAGGACACUUCGCUGCGAGCCAGUACAGUUGGAUUUUCGGUAAGCGAAAGUUUAUAGAAUUAAUGUCAGGGAAAUUUAUAUGAACAGCUUGCUCAGCUCACAUGCAAAUUAUUGCAAUACCAGGCGGAAUGAUGUUGUUUCAUUUAUAUACUGAAUGUACAAUUUUAUUCCUUCACAGCCUUCAUUGGAUAACAUCCAUGCAUUAGUCCAUUGCUUUACAAACAGCUCACUUGCCAGAAGAGAAGGUUUGAAGUUCCAGGAUACAGUUUAUGAAUGUGUGAGAGCUGACAGAUUCUCUGUUUAUGCUAAGAAA